GCGGCGAUUCUCUCCGUUCAGUUAUUUCAGUUCUUCCAUGUUGUAUCGUUCGCUUUUCUCUGUAAUUCCACAUCAAGAAUAAAAUUAUUUGAUAUUAUAGAAGAUAUACGUAAGAAAUUUAAAAGUUAUUUGGAUAAAGCACAGACUAUAAGAAGCCUUGAAAUGUUGCUGCCGAUAUCAAGUAUCAAACAAAUGGUCAAAGUGACGUGGAUUCAGCUGGCACCUUUUGUGAAAAGUGUGAUUGUAUAUUUCGUCAUUGGAUCAUUUGAAUUUUUCAAUAGCAAUGUAUUGUCAACAAUUCUCAAAUGUAUUCCAAUUAUUUGCUUAAUGGCUUUCAUCUUCCUGAUGGGCUUCAAAUUCACUAAUGAAUAUCGACAUCAUCAACUCAUUCUUCUUGGAUUGAUUUUCUCAUGUGCUGGAGAUGCACUUCUCGAUUAUCAAAAAGGAAUUUUAUUCCAAUAUGGCAUGCUUGCAUUUGCCGUUGCACAAAUUUGUUAUGUCGCAGCUUUCGGAUGGCAACCAUUCAGGCUUCUUAUCGGUGUUAUAUUUUAUGGAUUGGGAGCGCUAUCUUUAUCUCUGAUGUUCAAAAACAUGGAAGGAAUAUUGAUUUUUGCAGUUCCCAUCUACUGCAUACUGCUACUAACAAUGGGAUGGCGAGCAAACGCACGAUUACAAAACCUUCAGAAUCUUCCGAAACUCUUCACGGCUAUUGGUGCAAUUCUCUUCAUUAUAAGUGACGGUCUCAUCGCAUUUAAUAUGUUUUAUGCUCCAGUGAAAUAUUCGGGUAUUUUAAUCAUGUCUACUUAUUACAUGGCACAAUUAGGGAUAACUCUCUCGAUUCUUGAUCAUGACGUGACACCAAAGAGCACGGUUAAAAGUAACUAAAUAAUUUACUUCAUGAAUAUAUGUUUGUGAACGUUCAAUGGUGAUCUGGUUUAUAAAUUAUCUGAAAACUGAUCUGAAAAUAUCUCAAAUUAUCAAUUCAAUUGGUUACAUUAAUCUGCCCUCUUUUUGUAGGUGAAUGUACUUGACAACCUUUCAUGACUUCCACUUCAUAAAUAUUUUUCGAAAAGACUUGUUAUGAAAUACAAAAUGCAAUUUAUUAUAAGAUAUAUCAACAAAUAUUUUGAGUAUAAAUAUUAAGGUUGUAAUAAUUAUUUUGAUGUUUAAAUAAAAGAUUAAAAAGAAAAAAAAACUGUUAAAAGAAAGAAAAUUGAACGGAAAACUAUUAUUCAGAAACAAAAAAGAAAAUUAAAAAUUAAGCUGAUCAUCAUUAUUUUAUGAUCAUCAAUUGUCGAAGUAAAUAAUCAUUAUUAUUUAGUUUGUUUAUUAAUGAAAGAUGGCAAAACUUUUUGCUUGUUUCUAAAAAAUAUACUCACUACAUCAGUAGAAGGUACAUUUUUCUUAUUGGAUGUCGUUUGUUCUCAAAUCUAUCAAAGAUCUUUUAGCAAUGCACUUUUCGCGUUUUUCAGUUUAUCCAAUCGUUUCAGCAGAUGAUUAUUUGACGUCUCAAGCUCUUCAAGACGUUCCAUUGCUUCACGAUUUUCUCGCUGAAGUUUUCUACGUUCAACUUUAAGAUCCGCUUCUGCUUUUUCAGCUGCUUCUGCUGUACUUUUGUAUCGAAUAACUUGUGUCUCGGAACGUGCUAAGCUUGCCUGAAGACUUGCAAUUUCUUGUUCUGCUUUUUGCAAACGAUAUUUAUAAUCAUUAAGUGCUUUUGUUACCUCACGCUGUGCAUCGUCGGAAUCGUCGUCAUCUAACACUCCAUUGCGUGAACUUGAUCGUCUUCCACCUCGUGAUUUUAUAUCGUUCAACUGUUGGUUUAAUUUUUGAACCUCCGCUUGAAGUUCUUGUUUCUCAUCUGCAAAAGUCUUUAGUCGAGCAUCAAUAGAUCCUUCAACAGUGCUCAAAAGUUGAGCAUUUUCACUCGAGACUAGAACGCGUUUAGCAUCACUUCCAUCGUCAUUUUCUACUAACAAAAUCACUAAACCAUAGUUGGCGAUUAAUGUGUCUCGUUCAUUUAGUUGUCCUUGCAACAAUUUAUUUUCCUCAGUCAAUUUAUCGUUCUGCCUUUUAAGUGAAUCAUGCGCUCGGCUCUUUUCACGGUACUCACGCUGCAGUUGUGCAUAUGAUUCUUCCAUCUCUUCUACGAUAUCUUUAAGUAGAUCAAUUUGAUAUGUUUGUGAGGAACGAUCGUUGUCAAGUUGGGCAUUUGUUAUCAUUGCUUUGCGGAAUCUUUCUUCAACAUCCUUUAAUUCCUGUCGAAUAUCUCUCAAGCUUCUGCCUUCUUCUUCUUGUGAAUCUUCGCUACUUCGUCUUGAUGACAUCGAAUAUCCGCGAAUCGCUGAAGGAUUGUUUCCAAUCAUUCGCGAUCUCGGUGUUAUUAAUACUUCUGAUUGUUGCAUAUCGUAUACUCGAUCAGCACUUUGUUCCAACUCUUUUUGUUGUCGGUCAAGUUCUCGCAUACGAAUUUCUCUUGCUUCAGCUCUUGCUUGUCGUUUCGCUGCUAAACGGGCUUCUGCAUCUUUUGCAAUUUGGUCAAGAG